GCUGUUCCUUCUUACUGCUCUCGUCCCCACACCCCCCCCCUCUAUGGAACGCCUUAUUCAUCGUGGCUUCUGAGCUUUGAUUUCUGCCAUUCCCACUUACCUUUUAUCAAUCUGCCCAAAAAGGUCACUUCUUUCUGAGAAAUUCAUCUUCUUUUUCUUGGUUUUCUUGUGUUCUUACCGUGUCAAUCUGAAUUGGGUGUUCUUGAGAAAGUAGAGUAGGUAUGAAACAGUGGGUUGCUAGAAGGAGGCUUAUUCUGUUUCUGCUUCUCUGCCUCCAUGGCACCUGUUGUAGUCCAUUGAAUAAUCUCAAGGGUUUUGCAGAGAAAUUGGAAAAUGGCCUCUUACCUCAGAUCUCCCCGAGUUCUCUUCCAGACGCACAGCCCCUUCUUCCUCUUCUAGCACCUUCUCCGUUGGCUCCUUUCACUAAUAGCACUGUUGCCCCAAAGCUGUCUGGAUCAUGCCCGUUAAACUUUGUUUCCUUGGAAAGCAUGAUAACCACAACCUCGAUUGAUUGUGCUGCUCCAUUUGCAAAGUAUCUUGCAAAUGUCAUUUGUUGCCCACAAUUGGAAACCACCCUCACCAUUCUUGUAGGACAAUACAGUAAACACGGUAAAAAUGAACUUGCUUUAAACACAACACUUGCAAGGCAUUGUCUCUCAGAUUUUCAGAAGAUUCUGGUGGGUAAGGGUGCCAACAAUACACUGCAACAAAUCUGCUCUCUUAACCCAUCAAUCCUCAGUGAAGGUUCUUGCCCAAUCAGUACUGUACAAGAAUUUGAAGCCAUGGUGGACUCGUCGACCCUUCUUUCUUUGUGUGGGAAGAUUGAUCUUGUGAACGAGUGUUGUGAACAAAUCUGUCAAAGUGCUAUAUCAGAAGCUGCUGAGAAACUUGCUGCCAAAGCUUAUGGUCUUUCAAAUGUGUUGCCUGACCAGGCAACUAGAGCCAAUGAUUGCAAACGCGUUGUACUCCGUUGGUUGGCAAGCAAACUUGACCCAUCUGGUGCAAAAGACGUUCUUAGAGGGCUUUCUAGCUGCAAAAACAAUAGAGUGUGCCCUUUGGUUUUCCCCAACAUGAGCCGUAGCAUUAAUGCCUGUAAGAACGGGAUAAAGAAUCAGACAACUUGUUGCAGAGCCAUGGGGCACUAUGUUUCACACUUGCAAAGGCAGAGCUUUAUCACUAACUUGCAAGCUAUGGACUGUGCUGACUCACUUGGUAUGAAGCUACAGAAAGCCAAUGUUACCCAAAAUGUUUUCGAUCUUUGCCAUAUUACCCUCAAGGACUUUUCAGUUCAAGUUACACCAGAAGUUUCCGGGUGCCUUUUGUUAAGUUUGCCCUCAGAUGUCACACUUGACCAAACCACGGGGAUAAGUUUUAUGUGUGAUUUGAAUGAUAACAUUCCAGCUCCUUGGCCAUCUGCGUCACUGCUGCAUGCUUCAUCAUCAUGCAAUAAAACUGUCAAAGUUCCUGCACUUCCUGCUGCAGCAUCAUCAGGGGAAACUUGUGUUUAUGUUCUAGACUUGGGGUCUAUUCUGCUCGUGGUAAUGUCAACAAUGCUCGUUUUGCUUCUGCCACAAAGCUUGUGAUGAUAAACGAGCCGAUGGAACUACUAAUAUGUAAAGAAUAUUUGAUUACAAAGUGAACCGGAUGGGGCCGAAGAAAUGGUAAGAGCAUCUCCAACCAUUAAAACCCAAGAUGUGGAAACGAAGAAGAAAGAAAGGAAGCAUGUAUGUUGUUGACAUGAGAGAAGAAUCAAUAGGUCAUUGUGAUAUAGCAGGCAGGAAGUUGUGCUCUAAUGAGAAUGAGAGCUUUGAAAUCUGUAUUUCAAGCUAGAUUGGGAGAGUAGAGACGAGAGAUUAUGGGGGGAAAAUGAUUGUCUUAUUUAUAAUCAUCAAUUAUAGAGGUUGGCAUUUGGCAACUACUCCGUAUAUAUUUUGGCCAUAUUCCCUUUGUUUCUUAACAAAAUUGCGAAUUGUAUGUGAUGGUGUAAAUUAAUCACCGGAUAAAGAGUACUAGAUCGAGUCUAAGAUUGUUUACUGGAUUUGAAAAAGUGAAAGAUAAUAAAUGUAGAAGUUAACU